AUGCUCUUCAGAUACGUCGUACUCCUUGCUACGGCAAGUGUGGUCUUGGCUCAUCCCAUUUCCAACGCAGAGACUCGUACCGCGGACGUCAACUUGGCCCUUGAGCAAAGAUCUGCAGACAAGGCGGCAGACUUAUCAACUUUGCUAGAAUGGCACGACCAAGACAAACGGGCUGAGUCUUCGGGUAAGGGCACUCCUCCUGUGCCAGACAGAUAUUCAGUAUGUGCGGCUGACAAACGCUUAGAAAAUACCAAGGUCUCAGCGUUGCUUGAGUGGAUGAACACGAGGUUCAAUUAG